ACCAGGUCUGUCCCCAGCCAGCAGUGGCCGUCCAGAUGUUUCAGAGCAUGGCAGCACUUGGUGCAGAGGCGGCGGGCAGUGGCUGCAGCUGUGGCGCUGGGCCGCCGGCAGCUGUUGCGCAGGAGCCUGCAGGCACUGAAGUGGGCGCUGUGGCUCCGGGAGGCCCAGCUAGAGGUGGCCUGGGGGCGACACACGCAGGCCCUGCUGGCCCGGACUUUCCAAAAGUGGAGAAACUUGAUUCAGCAGCAGAAACAAGGGCAGCCUCGCGUCCAGGCUGGGCCAGGACCCUCACCCUCUGGGGGAGGCCAGGACCGAGGCCCCUCUGUAAGAAAACCAGCAGUGGACAUCGCCCAGAGGAGCAGCCCAGGGAGUCUGAGGGAGGAGCCAGGAACCCAGCUGUCUGCACUGCGUUCUGGGCGGAAGCCAGAUGGAGGAAACAGGGGAGUCCAGAUCCCGAAGCCUCUGCAACAGCUGGCUGUCUUCCUCCUGGAGUGCCUCCAAAAGGAAUGGGCCAGGCGGGAGAAGGGGGUCCCGGAAGAGGCCCCUGGGGCCAGGCUGAGGACCCAGAGGAUGGAGAGGCCCCCACAGACCUGGCUCUCUCCUGCUGCACAUGCAUCCUGGGCAGCCCCACUGGACCCCCAGCAGCAGAGAGCCUGGCUCUGCAGGUGCUUUGGGGCCUGGCAGCGUUUCGUGCAAAGAGGGACGCGGUAUCGGGUCCACGUGGCCAACCGCCAGGCGGGGACCCUGAGGAUGUGCUUGCAGCGGUGGGUGCGGAUGAAGCAGCUCCGGGCCUCAGAUGGGGCGAAGGUGACCCAGCUGUCCCUUUGCCAGCCAAAGGCAGGGACCGUGGUUCUGCUCAGCUCAGCUGCUGCAGAGGCCACAGCCCUGGGCCUGGGGAUGGUGUCUCAGGCCCAGACACUGCCCCAGGACCAAAGCCCUGGAUCUCUGCAGGAAGUCUGCCGGAGACGCGACCUCCACUGGGCACUGCUGCUAUGGAGGACAAGGCUCUCUCAGCGCCAGCAGGCCAACUCUUUCUUCCAGGACGUGCAGCAGCGGGCGCUGUGCCACAUCCUGAGGGGGAGGCGCAUGAGGACACAGGAUCCCGGCACCCUUCCCAGGACCACCUUGGCCCCCGUACCGCUGGGCGGCAUCCUGGGAGGGGAGGCCUGGCGGGGCUGCAGCUCACCCCACAGCUCACUGGAGAAGGCUUCCAGGGCCCCCGCUCUCCUGGAGACGCUUCUGGUGAAAUUUCUGUGGACAGCUGGGCAGCGGCAGCAGGGGCGGUGCCUUCUGCUCUGGCAGGCGCGGGCCCAGCAGUCCCGGGGCGCAGCGAGAUGGCACCUGAGCACCCUUCAGAGGCGCAUCUUCCUUGGCUGGAGCCACUGGGCAGCAGCCCAUGGGGCCCGGAGGGAGCUGGCUGCCCGCUGGGCCCAGGAUCGGUGCUGCAGGGCAGUGCUGGGCCUGUGGUGGCGGCGGCUGGUACAGCAGCGGGAGGCAGAGCAGUGGGCCUGGGAGCGGAGCCGGAGACUGCAGCGCCGUGCCCUGGGCCACUGGCAUUCCUGCUGGCAGAGGCAGCAGCUCCUGCGUGAAAAGUACCAGAAGUGGGUGCAGGGCCGCCUCUGGGGCCUUCGGGGGGCCGUGUUCCGGGGCUGGCGGCAGGUGGCCGCUCAUCGGAGAGCCACGGCAGCCAGUCCAGAGCAGGUCCUGAAGCAGAACCACUUCCAGGCCUGGGGUGGAUUCGUGAGAGACAUAAGGACCCUCCAGGCCACAUGUGCAGCCUUCCAAGAUGGCCUGAGACAGGCUCCAGGGGCCACAUCUGCCAUGUGGUGGGAAACCCCAGUGGCCGCAGCCCGGCCUCAGGCACAGCACGUGGCUCGGGCCUCCUUCUCCUGGAGAAGCCAUGUGCAGGGACGCCAGAUGGACGGGCAGCUGAGGAGGGCCUGGGCACAGCAGGCCUCUCUUGCAAGGGUCCUAGAGGCCUGGGCCCAGGCAGCAGCCCAGGGCCGGGUCCAGAGAGCCGUCAUCAUCCAGUUCCAGCAGGCUGGGCCCAGGCGUCUCCUGCGAACCCACUGGGCCCAGGGGAGGACAGCGCGGCUCAGAGUGUGGCUGGAACCAAAGGCGGAGGCCCGCACAGCCCAGCCCUGGCCCAGGGCUGCCCUCAGGCACUGGCCCAGGUUGGCCACCAGAGGGCGCCUCCUGGUGCUCACGACCCCUCCAGCCCUGAGAAAGCAGGUGAGGUGGGGCCCUCCUGGGGUGGGAAGCCCCAAAUUACCCGAGGGCCAGUGGCCUCAGCAUCAGUUUGAUUCAGCCCAGGUGGCAAGGGUGGUUGGAUGCUUCUCCAGGACCCCAGUGGCCUGUGGACACCCUCCCUACCAGUUCUCAGACACUCACCCUAGUCUGGCAGACAGCCAACUAUGGGUCCAUCAACAAACAUUCACUGAGCACCUACUGAGGACCAGCCCGGUGCCAGUCCACCACAAAGAUGUGCCCUGGGCCAUGUUCAUUAGGGACAUGGGCACCUGGACUCUUAAGUCAUGGUGCAGCCUAGGGUCAAGAUAGGUGAUUGGAGUCAGUAGAAAUUUUUUUUUUUUUUUUCCUUAAUGGAAAAUGGAACGUUCUCACUUCAGAAAAAUCAGAAAAUGUAAAGUAAAAAAAAAAAACUCUUUAAAAACUUGCUCUAGUUAGUUCUGACACCAGCAAAUGGUGACAAGAACUUGGUGGCUUAGCAGGAGGGAAGAGGCCACAAUAAGUUCAGGUGCAAGGAGUGACACUGCAUGGCAGCCAAGAGACAGGCUGUGUAUCAUUCCAAGACACAGCCUGAGUUGCUGGCAGGCCACAUAGUGUCCCUCAAGGUGAGCUGGAAUCAUCCAGAAUCCUGUUUCAGGCUGCCAGGAAGUAGGUGGUAGACUCUAGAAACGUUCUAAGAAAAGAGAAAUAAAAAUUUUAUUGUAGUUGAUUUACAGUGUUAUGCUAUAAAGUGGUUCUUUACUAAUAGAAUUGAAAGUCACAGCUUUGGUUAUUUGCAGAAUCCACGUAUGCACAUUCGGCGGGGCUGUGGCAACUGCAGAUUUUGGGGUCUCAGGGUCUUUUAUUUCUAGAUCUGUGCUUCAAGACAAAUUUGUUUUCGGAGCAUGUUUAUAAACCCUUUCAUGCCAUUCCUGUCCGCAAAGGCAGGCAGGGAUUCGCUUUACCAAUGGAGGAACUGAAGCUUGUAGAGACAAAGAAAUGCCAGGAAUGGUAAAUGGUAACCAGAGCGUUGAAUUCCAGGCUUCUUCCUACCACGUGCACACACGUGCCCAGGUAGCCUGCACCUGACAGUGGGAGUAGGCUUUAUGCCAUUUCCCAGUGGCAGAGAGCCCCUUAGGGAGCCAGGCCGGAGCGGGAGGGUGGGGGUGGGGUGCAGCCUCAGGCUCUGGGGUCAGACAGCUCUGGAGAGGUGGGGCCUCAGGCAAGGAAUUUAACUGUGUAAAGCUUAAGCAGUACCCGCCCCACAGGCGGUGCCUGGCCCAGGCAGGCGCUCCCUGGGUGGUAGCCAUCACUGGUCCUCUCAUCUGUGGGAGGAGGAGGAGGAGGCAGAGGCCUGUGCUGAUGGCUGUCACUACUCUCGGGCACCUUCUGUCUCCUCUGGGAGCCUCGGGGCUCCCAGGAGAACCUGAGAUGCACACACAGAAGGUGGGAGGGCAGGGCAGGAAAGGAUGCCUUCAGCUCACCUGGACCCCUGGAGGUCCAAGCCCACUGGUUCAGGUUUUCCUGUCUGGCUGUUCCCUCAGACCCGCAGCUGCAGGCCACAGCCCGCAGGGCCUGGGCUGCCCAGCCCAACCCAGCACCACAGCCCUGGUGGACAGAAGCAGCAGAAAGCACCGUCCUGGGCUCAGAGUAAGGAGAUCUUCCCUCCUGGGAUAAACAGUCUGAGGUGUGAGCUUGGAAUUAGCUUCAGGCUCCUCGUGAACCAGUUUGAUAUAUUCACUCUGUGUUUCCCGCCAAUCUCCUCUUCUGGAAUUUUUUUUUUUUUUUUUUUUUGGUCUUUUCAGGGCUGCAUCCACAGCAUAUGGAAGUUCCCAGGCUCCAGGUCUUAUCGGAGCUGUAGCAGACGGCCUACACUCCAGCCACAGGCAGGAGGGAUCUGAGCCGAGUCUAUGAUCUACACUGAAGCUCGUGGCAAUGUCUAAUGCUGGAUCCUCAACCCACUGAGCAGGGCCAGGGAUCGAACCUGUGUCCUAGUCAGGUUUGUUACCGCUGAGCCACAAUGGGAACUCCUCCUCUUCUGGAAUAUUUUACCAUUUGGAAAAAUUCCAAUUUUUCCUGUCUCAGCUGUUACUGCUUUUGGGGCCGCAGGCGGCUUUGGCAGAUGUGGUGGAAAGCGGGACACAAGACUUAACUCACUUGAUACCACAUUUUUUUUUUGGCCUACCCAUGGUAUGCAGAAGUUCCUGAGUCAGGGAUCAAACCUGUGCCACAGCAGUGACAAGAGACUUCUUAACCACUAGGCCACUGGGGAACUCCCCAACACCAUUUCUUGUUCACCCUCUUCCUUAUGCUCCACUUCCAGGGGCACCAGGCGGAGUUUGCCCUCCUGAAUGACAAUUUAACCUCUCCCCCCUGGACUCUUUCCAGGAGACAGAGACCCUCCCCUCUGCCCCACCUCCCAGCUCCUGCUGCAGCAGCCCAGAGACCCCAAGGGCAAAGGCGAGGCCAGAAAAACGUGGCUGAGGUAGGAGCAGAGCCUGUGUGCGGAGAGCAAGGGGCAGGGGUGGGGGCCAGACCUGGGCCCAUGGUCCUGCCCUUUUUCCUGGCUGUGGAGGUGCCGUGACAUCCUUGGCCAUCAGGAUGCACAGCAGGGCCUCUCCCCCCAGAAGGAAGUACCUGCAGCGCUGGCGCCUUGAGACACUACUUCGGAGGCUCCAGGGCUCCCAGCAGGCCAGGUGCCUGGCAGCCACAUGGCAGUGCUGGGUGGACGCUUGGGAGGCAGAGCAGCUGGCAUGGACACUGGUGAGUGGGGAGGCCCCUUCCAACCCUCGGGUUGAUGUCCCAUCUCGCAUUCCCAGACCUAAGCUCUAGAAGUGUCUCUCAAAAGUAAAGACCUACCACGCCUGAAACCUUGGGCACAGGCGCAGGAGUCUGCAUCACUAACAUGCCCUUGUCACAUCCCUUCCACCUGGUGCCACAGAGGUGCAGGUGGGAGAGGCAGCAAACGGGCUGGGAAUACUGGGGGCAGCAACAGGCCCAGCUCAGGGUCACCGACUGUCCCCAUAGCUCAGGCAGUGGCACCUGAGACGGGCCUGGCGAUUGUGGCGGCAGCGGGUCCUGCGGCUGCAGGUGGCUCAGCGUUUCCAGCAACGGGAAGACAGCUGGGUUCUUUCCCAGGUACUGGGGGGCAACCCCACCCCCUCGCAGGCCCUUCCAGAACAGUGAGACCUGGACAUCUGGAGCUCUGGCCCUCUCUGAUGGCUGCCCCCAGAACCCUUCAUUUUCAGUUGGAGAAAACACAGCCUGGCUUCCCAAGCCUGUAAUUCAGCUGGUGAUGAUGUCCUCAGCCCGGUCCCACCCUGUUGAUGGUUUGGGAACCAGGCUUGGCCUGUGGCACUGCAGCUGCUCACACCAGCCCCUCCUUAUCAUGCCCUCAGAUCACAGCUUCCCAGACCUCAAGUCCCCUCUAUUCCGAGCCUGUGCAUUUGGCCUGGGGCAGAGGGAAGGGCCUCCUUUUCCCUGGGGACAAAAGGAACUGGGCCCAGGUGUUAGCCCAGUGCUGACAGCACAGGCCCAGGAGGGAGCCAGAGAGCCUGCCCUCCCCCGCCCCAUUCCAGGCCUUUGAGAGGUGGCGCCAGCGCCUGGCAGCCAGGGGCCUGAGGAGCAGAGCCAGAGGAGCAGCCGGAGGCCUAGGAUAAGGCCGGGAGCAGACGAAGCUGCCAGAUCCUCUGCCUGUACUGGCCCCGGCGGGGAGCAGGGGGCCCAGCUGCAGCUGUAGCUCAGGCCCAGGGAAAGAAAAACAGACCGGAGCCCCACCCAUCUGGGGAGCGCCGCGGGGCACUCAGGCCGAGAGCUCUGAAGGACAAUAAAACACCCCUGGUCCCAGUGGCUCCUCUCUGUCUCUCUUGCUGGCCCUGCCCCGGCCAGCCAGGCUGUCCUGGCACUGAAGGGCACACGGCUCUGACCCACUUCCUCUGCCAUCAGGCC